GUAUUCUGUGGUUUCAUUUGAAUUAAGCAAAAUAAACAUAGCGAAAAUAUCCAAAAUACAAAUAAAUGAUUCAUUGAUAGGGUAAUAGAGAGUGAGUCGGAAUUUUCAUUUUACGAAAAAAAAUGUUGCUAUCCAUUAACAAUUCUCUGAGAAAUCUCUCGUGGAAAUCUAGUCGUUCUCUUCAUUAUGGGUGUAAAGUAUUGGUAGUAGGUGGAGGUACCGGUGGAUGUGCAGUUGCUGCAAAACUUUCAAAAGUCCUGGGAAAAGAUGAGGUUCACAUACUUGACCCUAGUGAGAGACAUUAUUAUCAGCCACUAUUCACCUUAAUUGGAGGUGGAGUUUACUCCCUGAAGGACUCUUACAAGCUUCAAAAAGAUGUAUUACCAGAUAACGCUAAAUGGAUCAAAGAUAGGGCUGUGGAGUUCAAUCCAAAACAGAAUCAUGUCCUGACUGCUAUGGGUCAUAAAAUUGAGUAUGAUUAUAUGCUGUUAGCACUUGGACUUGAAACUAACUAUGAAAAAAUACCUGGUCUUUUAGAAGGUCUCAAAAAUUGGAAUGGAAUAUGUUCCAAUUAUUCUGAGAAGUAUGUUGAAAAAACGUUUCAAGUAUUGAAAAACUUCGAAUAUGGAAAUGCGAUUUUCACAUAUCCAAACAGUCCCGUCAAAUGUCCAGGGGCACCUCAAAAAAUCUUGUAUUUAGUUGAUGAUUAUCUACGCAAAAACGGAAUAAGGCAUAAGGCAAAACUAAUUUAUAAUACUUCUCUGCCUGUGAUAUUUGGAGUGAAAAAAUAUGCUGAUGCUUUAUGGAAAGUUGUAAAUGGUCGUGAUAUUGAGGUGAACCUCAGAACAAAUCUAGUUGAAGUAAAGCCAGAUAGAAAUGAGGCCAUUUUUGAAAAUCUGGAUAAACCAGGAGAAAUGCAAACACUUACAUAUUCAAUGCUUCAUGUAACUCCUCCAAUGAGUACACCAUCUGCUUUGAGAAACAACAAGGAAUUGAGUAAUCAAGCAGGAUUUGCAGAUGUGGAUCCUGGUACAUUGAGGCACACCACAUUCUCAAAUGUUUUUGCAAUAGGAGAUUGCAGUUCUUCCCCUAAUUCUAAAACGGCCGCAGCAGCUGCUGCUCAAAGUGCUGUAGUCUUUCAUAAUCUGAAGGCAGUAAUGGACGGUAAAGAAGUUAAAAGAAUUUAUGACGGUUAUGCAUCUUGUCCAUUGGUAACUGGGUAUAGCAAGUGUAUCUUGGCUGAAUUCAAUUAUAAUCUUGAACCUCUUGAAACCUUUCCUAUAAGUCAAGAUAGAGAAUUGACUUCCAUGUAUCUCAUGAAGAAAUACUUGAUGCCCUCUCUUUACUGGAAUUUGAUGGUCUGUGGCUACUGGAAUGGACCAGCUACAAUGAGAAAACUAUUGCAUCUGAGUAUGAAAUAGAUAUUUUCAGAUGUUUUUUCAUUUAAUAAAUUUUAUCAUUAUAUUUAUUUUAUUGUUAUCUAUAUGACAAGUUUGAAGAUCAAAUAUAUAUUUUAACACAGAAA